UUUUCUGAGAAAAGAAAAAAAAAAAAAAAAAGACUCCGAAAGCUCUUUUGUACCAGUGCUUUUGUAUCGCAACUUUGUUGGUUUGCUGCUGGUGAUUUCGUAUCAAGGCGGUACCCGUUCUUCUUCUUCGGUGCUGUAUUUGAUUUUGCUUUGGCUUUGUGGUAAGAAAUGGCUCCAAAAAAGACUGUUUCGUCUGUCCGGGUCAGCGAGGCUAGCGAAAAGGCGAUAGACAAAUUAAAUGCGAAGGAGUUCCGGGAGCGAUUCCUGAUCCCCCAUGACGUGUUGAUAGACCUGGUGAACGAGGAGGCGGCUAUGCCUACUGAGAAAGGUGGAAAAAACGCUAUCCUCUUCACAAAGGAACAAUUCAACGCGGGGCUCCGGUUCCCUCUGCCGGCGUUGUUCAAGGAAUUCCUCCACUUCUCUCAAAUUCCCCCCAUCUUUAUUCACCCCAACCUUGUCCGGGUGCUGAUGGGAUGCAGCAUCAUCAACAUGCUGUACAGCCUCGACCUGACGCUACUGGAAGUGUUCUUUGUCUAUUCCCUGAAGAAAGCAAAGAAUGAUAUCUUCAGUGUGUCCGCUCACCUGCCCUCCCUUCAAAUGGUGACAGAACUGCCAGAUUCGACAAAGGGAGGGGCGAAGGGGCUGGUGGCAGUCUGGGGUGGAUGGGCGGGGCUAUCGCAGCAUCCGUCGAGGCCUUUUUCUCCGAAUUAUACCCUAAAAAUUCCGGGUUUGGAAUUGAGGGGCCACCUUGUGGAUUGGGUGGAAAAGGCAUCCUUUGCCUGUGUCUGCAAAUUAUUUGAAAUAGAUCCCAAGGAGAGGGCCUACAAAACAUUGCUCUCGGCGCGGAAUUUGACAGAGGUCGUCCGGGAGCCCCAGGAAUAUGUUAUCAACAUCCUUCCUAGGAAAUUGGCAAAGGAUGAGAUAGUGCCUGGGGAGCAUUAUACAGUGAAAGAGCUCCCCCUCUAUCAGGAAGCUAAAGAAGCUGACGCUGAAAGGCGGCGAAAGCUCCUGGAGGAUAGAGAUCAGAAAAAGACUGAAGGCACUAUCCGGAAGGCUCCCGGACAGAAGCGGGGUCCGGACUCCCCUCCGAAGAAAACUUCAGGAAAAAGGGGGAAGCUGGUGAAGAAGCAUGGGAAGGAUGCGAAGGAACCCACUCCUCCCAAGGAGUUUCCUCCUCCACAAACUACCUAUGAGGGGGAAGUAAUGAUAGAGGAGCCAGUAAAUGCUGCUCCGCAUUCUAUCUCAAGCGGCCCCGGGCGCAUGUCGGGGUUGAAUCACUCAGGUCCCUCCUUAGUCGCGGCUGCGCGUCUAGCCAACGUGGCUGAGGAAGCUGCAUCUAUCAACCAUCCGGGCAACCUCAAUCCGGAUGCAGCUGAAACGGCCCCGUUGGAGGAAGCGGGGGCAGAAAGCCAAAGUCAGCCUUCCGACGACCCGGAUCGCCUGGCUAUAGUCCUGGUGAAAGAGCCUCCCCUCAAGAAGCCGCGUUUGACGCGCGAUCUACAGUCCGGACUCUUUGAGCGGCUUCAAGAGCGGCAGCAAGAGAUUGAAAUUAGUUGCGCUUCUGCCCAUGACGCUCAUCCGGAUGGAGGCGAGGUGGAGAUGGCUACUGAGACCUCAGCCGUUCCGGCAAUAAUUCCGGCUGAGGAUGCAUCCGGACCUAUGUGCCCGGACGAAAAUAUGGGGGCUCCGAUUCCGGGACACGAGCUACCCUCUCCUUCCUCAUCCGAGGAGCAAUCUGCUGAUGAUGCCGCUCCCGCUAGCCCUUUCAGCUACGCGGAGUUGGAAGCUAAGUUAAAGCAGAUUACUCCUGACUGGAAAGCCAUCAAGCCCUCUGCUAAGAUGUUUGAUAUGAUAGAAACGCUGGUGAGGGGCCUCCGCAGCAUGUCUCAACAACACGCUCUUUUUACUCAGCUGCUGCAGACCGCAGACUAUAUGAGGACCUUCUCCUCUCGGCACCAAGAGAUUGAAAAUCAACUGCGUCUGAGAAUGGAGGAGGCUGAGGCCAGUCUAUCCACCAUGCGAGAGGAAAAUGAAGCCCUCCGGGUGGAGUUGGCUGAGGCAAAGGGUCAAGAAGAAUCAACUGCGGGCCGCCUUCAUGAGGCGGAGGGUGAGGCAGCCCGGCUAAGGGAUGAAUUGAGUCGACUCCGGACAGAAGUUUUGAAUGAAAAGAAACAGAAGGAAGACUUGCAGCUGCGUCUGGAUGUGCAAAAAGAGGAACUUGAACGGGAGUUUGCUGUGGAAAGGGAGGAACUUGCAGCGGAUUACCAGAGACAAGUGGAUGAUACAUUUAUCUUUGGGUAUCGCUGCUGCAUGAAGAAGAACGGUAUAAAGCGAGAUACCCCUUCAAUUCCUCCAAGUGAAGAAAAGAAGCUCCAUGAGAAACCUGCUCCCCGAUAGUUUAUAUCUUCUUGCAAUUUUUCUGCUGUAAUUUUUCCUUCUGUAUAUUUUUGUGGUCCGGAUGUCUCUUUGUAAUUUACAUUUACUCAUAUCAAUAAAACUUACUUCUUUCUCA